UCAGCCUCAGACUGUUAGAACAGUAAGAACCUCUUCUCCCCGUCUCUCUCUCUCCGUCUGUCUCUUCAAUCCCAUCUCUCCUUUUCUCUCUCCAUUUCUCCUCUUCUUUAUCUCACACACACAGACAAACGGCAUUAUAUACUAUCCGUCCAUCCAUCCAUCCAUUCAUCCACUGCACAGCCCAGUGAGGGAUCAGCUAGACAGAGAAAAGCAACAGAUCAUGCUCUCUGAAGCAGAUCCAGCACAGCUCUGAGACAUCAGCCUCUGGGAUGAGACUCCAUCCAUCCUAAUUCUCUGUCCUGAAGACCUGGACAAAAACAAAACAAAAUAAGGGCAUUGCAGGCACCAGAAACUCUGGACAUAACAUCUGGAAAGGAUUCUCGAACCCAAACCAGGUCCACAGGGACUUCCGAGGGUGCUUUGGUGUUUGUUUUUCUAUCUUGUACGGGGCUGGCGAAGGGGCCGGUGAAAGUUAGCCAAGACGCCGCGUGCUGUGCUCCGCGUGAAGAAUGCCCAGGCGCGCCUGCCCAAGCCGGUGGACACGGCGCCGGCACCUACGCCGGGCCUUUACAUGGAGCGGUCACAAAGUCGCAUCAGCUUGUCCGCUUCCUUUGAGGCCCUGGCCAUCUACUUCCCCUGCAUGAACUCCUUCGAUGAGGACGAUGGCGACCCAGAGGGCCGCAGGUUAAAGGGCAUUCAGAGGAGUACAGAGACAGGGCUGGCCGUAGAGAUGCCCAGUCGCACAGUCCGGCAGGCGAGCCACGAGUCCAUCGAGGACAGCAUGAACAGCUAUGGCUCGGAGGGAAAUCUGAACUACAGUGGAAUGUGUUUAGCAUCAGAUGCCCAGUUUAGUGACUUUCUGGAUGGGAUGGGACCUGCUCAGUUUGUGGGCAGACAGACACUAGCUACAACUUCAUUGGGAGAUGUUGAGAUCGGUCUAAUGGAGAGGAACGGACAGCUGGAGGUGGAGAUCAUUCAGGCUCGAGGACUCAUCAUGAAGCCUGGAUCUAAGGGCCCUCCAGCUGCCUACAUUAAAGUCUACCUUCUGGAAAACGGCAUCUGCAUUGCCAAAAAGAAGACGAAGUCCGUCCGGAAAUCGUUAGAUCCCCUUUACAAUCAAGUCCUUGUUUUUUCCGAGAGCCCGCAGGGAAAGGUUGUACAGGUCAUCGUUUGGGGAAACUACGGCCGGAUGGAUCGUAAAUGCUUCAUGGGCGUGGCCCGCAUCCUAUUGGAGGAGCUGGAUUUGACAAACAUGGUGAUUGGCUGGUACAAGCUUUUCCCCACCUCUUCUAUGGUGGAUCCUACGAUGGCUCCGCUGAUCCGCCACUGCUCACAGCUGUCUCUGGAGAGCACCGUCGGGCCGUGCUGUGAACGCUCAUAAGACUAACAACUCCACUAGAUUUAUUUUUCUCUGGAAGGGCUCUCACAGCCCCCCGAUCCUAAGAGUGCUGGUUGUGCAUGACUGCGGCACCGGAACCCUCUGGAAUGUUCUAGAAUCUCUUCAGAACAAAUGACCUUUCUGCAAUAUUCCAGAAUUGACCACAGAGGGAAUGCUCUUUUUCAGCCUCCGAGACAAAGAUUUCAGGACAGGCAAAGAAUGCAGGCCAGACGUCUGGGCUUUAUUUUAGCUUUCAACACAUUAGCUUGUGAUGGUCUGUAUGAGGAAACUUCCUCGAGUUAGAUCUGAUUUCCAGAAAGCAGGUAAAUGUUUGUGCAGUCAUCACGUUGGGUGCUGCAGCGGAUUGGAUAAAACGGAUGGGUUCGUGCAAUAUGACAUCCAAUAGAGACAAGAAUGUAUCGGUAAUAAAAGGGCGGGUUUGCAUUAAUUUUCUUGUGUAAUGAACAAUACAAGAAUAGAUAUACGUCUUAAAAAGAUUCAAUAUGUGUAGUUUGAAAAGAGUCGAUGAUUUCGUUUGCACACAGAUCUUUUUCUGUUUGUGUCUCUUCCGUUUCGUCUUUCUCAUUACUGAACAGUGCCAAUGCUGCCAGCGAGUGGCUUUAUUUGUGGUUAGUGUCGAUAUUGAGUGAUAUGAAUCAGUAAUCUAAGCAGACACAUAUUUAAAAAGACUAAUUUUACAAACUCUUUUCCUGAACGGUGACAUAAUCCUGAUGAAGAAUUUUUAAUGCCAUUGUAUGCUUUUCACCAUUAAUAUUACAUGGGAAAAUGUGAAUGGAUGCAAGAUGCUGAAUUAACAUAGUGAUUAUAUAAUACAUGUGAGUAAAUGAUAUACUUACAGUUAGUGGUCGACAGAUAUGAUGAUCAAUGGCUGAAACCAAUAUCUAGAGAGCAGAGUGACAUAAACAGACAUGUUAUAUACAUAAUGUAUAUGCCAUGUACAUGAAAUGGAUGAAUUUAAAUGAACACACUUUUAGAAAAAUAUUGAAACGAGAGAAAUCUGUUUUAUUCAUUAAUAAGGGUGUGUUUUUGACGACUUAUGUAAAAAAAAAAAAAAAAAAAUUGGUCAAAUUAAUCACCAUGCCCAAUAUUUAAGAGUUUAUUACUAAUCAUUAAAAGAUAAUUUAGUUUUGCACUUUAUAAUCUUAAAUGUCUUUCUUAUAAGUAACUGCUAGUUUGGGAUAAGCCAAAGUUCAUUUUCUUCUUUAUACUCUGAUAUUAUUUGUGACUACGGGAUGCAGAAUCUUUAGUAGCAAUGAUAAGGCUGUAGCAUUAGAUAGUAGCAUACGCAUGAAAGGCAUCUUAGUUUGCCACCAUCUAAUGAGAUUUUGCAUGGAAUUGAUUGAUAGCGGAUUACAGAGCAUUUCGCUGGCAGUCGAGCAAACAUGUAGCAGCGGACGAUCAAACGAAAAUGCUGUUACAUCGCACUGAGAUGUGCUGUGUGUCGUCCUGAGCGUCGGGGAUUAAUAAAUACGUCCUGAAAUGAUGAAACAUUAGCACAGAAAGGGAAGAAAACGGCAUUCUACAUAGCCAAGAAAUUUUACGUCCAACAUAAAAUAUUCGACUAUUUCUGAAAUAAAUACACUAUUUACCACUAGACAACUAGGAUUGUUUUUUUUUUUUUUAAGAUUUAUUCCUCUCAGAGAAGUUCAGGAGUGAUUAUUUCAAUUAACACUGAAAAACGUACCUCAAAUACCCUCAACAUAAUCAUAUUGCAAAGGCUAUAUAAAGCACUGCCACUAUCUUUUUAAAAACUUUCAAACUGUAUUGUCUUAAAAAGCAAUAACUAUAUGAUUUUUUUAUUUUCAUUUUUUUUUUUGCUCACUUUAUUUGUUACAGGGAUUAAAGCCAGAUUGUCUCUGCAUCACAUUAGGAACUUCUGCAUCCAUGUAGCAAUAUACAGUAGUACAUAAUUGGUUUUAGACGAAGCGCUGAAUGUCUGAGAUCCACAUUUUAAACAUGUGUUGAUGGGCUAAAAAAAAUCAUGAUUUGGAAAAACCUUUUUGAGCACUGUAGUUAUUAGCAUUGUAUAUUAAUAUAGAUUAAUAUACAUUAAUUUAAUAUAUCAUAUUUUAAUCAGUAUCAUGUCAAUCUGUCCAAAAAAAAUCUUAUUUCUUGGUCUGUUUAUUGUAAAUAGAAAACUUGUGGGCAAAACAACAAUAAAUCAUCAGGGUCUUGUCUGGGAUGUCAAUAUUGGCAUUUAGUUUUUAGGCUUUAAGCAACACAUUUCUCCUGUUUACAUCAGCAUGAUGUUAUUGCUGAUAUUUUACAAUCUGGAUUGGAUAUAUAAUUGCUUUUAAACUAACUCCAGAUGUUAUGAAAGAAUGUGAUUUAUAGAAUAUAAAAUGAAAUAUCUCCAUUCCACAUGUUGAAUUAUUAGGAAUAGUUUUGUAACGCCUUAACUUGUAAACCAGAGGUCUUAACACAAUUCCAGUUUACAAUACAGAAGAGAAAGAGCAUGCAAGAAUGUCAUUCUGCUUUUACUUCUAUUCAUUUUAUGUCUUUCUCUUUCUUUUUGUAUUUACUAUUACUUUAAUCUGAUAAAAAGUCAUGGCCUUUUAUCAUCACGUUUUUCACCACACAAUUUUAUAACUGAUUAAUCUACCAUAUCAACUAUACUUGUUGAAGUUGACAGGGCAAAAUGAUCAACAUAUUCCUAAAAUUUGGAUGCUAUGAUAUUUUUCUUUGUGGAGAUACUUGUUUAAUUCCUUAUUACUAUUCAUUAUAUGUACAUUUGAAUUCGUAAAAUAAUGUCACUGUUGAUUAAUGCACAAUUUAGUGUAUUGUUACUCUGCUGAAAAUGGUUAUACAGAAUAAAAUAGCUCACUCUGAUUUACAAAACA